GUGUCGGGGGCUGGUGCGCGAGGGGAGGAGGAGGGGGGCCGCGCACGCGCUCGGGUUUGGAGGAGGGGGGGGGGAAGCUGCGUGCGCGCGCUGACUGGCUGGCUGGCUGGCAGGCAGGCUCUCGUGCCCUGUCUCGGCCAAGAUGGCGGCGGGGGCGGCAGCAGCGGCGGCGGCAGUGGCCCGGCUGGAAGGCCGCGAGUUCGAAUACCUCAUGAAGAAGCGCUCAGUGACCAUCGGCCGUAACUCCUCGCAGGGCUCGGUGGACGUGAGCAUGGGCCACUCCAGCUUCAUCUCCCGGCGGCACCUCGAGAUCUUCACCGCCCCGCCCGCCCAGGCCCCGGCCGUUUCCAAUAACAGCAGCAAUGCCGCCGCCCCAGCCGCCGCCACCGCCGGGCCCGGGCCGCAGUCCCAAGCCCCCAACCCCGCCCCCGCGGCUUCCUCCGGCGGCGACUUCUACCUGCGCUGCCUGGGCAAGAACGGCGUCUUCGUCGACGGAGUGUUCCAGCGCCGGGGGGCGCCGCCGCUGCAGCUGCCCCGAGUGUGUACAUUCAGGUUUCCCAGUACAAAUAUCAAGAUUACAUUCACAGCUUUAUCCAAUGAGAAAAGAGAAAAACAGGAAUCCCCACAGUCCCCAGUGAAACCUGUACAACCCCAGAUAUCUCCCCUAACAAUAAACAUUCCAGACAACAUGGCUCAUCUGAUCAGCCCCCUACCUUCUCCCACAGGAACCAUCAGUGCUGCAAAUUCCUGCCCAUCUAGUCCUCGUGGCGCAGGUUCUUCAGGGUACAAAAUGGGUCGUGUAAUAUCAUCUGACCUACAUCUAAUGGCUGACAAUUCACAGUCAGAAAAUGACAAGGAAGCAUCUGGGGGAGAUAGCCCAAAGGAUGACUCCAAGCCACCUUAUUCCUAUGCACAACUAAUAGUACAAGCAAUUACCAUGGCACCUGAUAAGCAACUUACACUAAAUGGAAUAUAUACGCACAUAACUAAAAACUAUCCUUACUACAGGACAGCAGACAAGGGCUGGCAGAAUUCAAUACGUCACAAUCUUUCUCUGAAUCGUUAUUUCAUCAAAGUACCACGUUCCCAGGAAGAACCAGGCAAAGGCUCCUUCUGGAGGAUAGAUCCUGCCUCUGAAAGCAAAUUGAUAGAGCAGGCUUUUAGGAAAAGGCGGCCAAGGGGAGUACCUUGCUUUAGAACCCCACUGGGACCUCUCUCUUCUAGAAGUGCCCCAGCUUCCCCUAAUCAUUCUGGAGUGUUAUCUGCUCACUCAAGUGGUGUUCAGACCCCAGAGUCUCUGUCAAGGGAAGGGUCUCCUGUCCCAAUGGAGCCUGAGCCUAACACUAUUCAGCCAAAAUUAGCAGUAAUACAAGAAGCACGGUUUGCACAGAGUGCCCCAGGAUCACCCUUAUCUAGUCAGCCAGUUUUAAUUACUGUACAGAGGCAGCUACCCCAAACGCUGAAACCUGUCACAUACACUGUUGCUACUCCUGUGACAACAUCGACAUCCCAGCAGCCUGUAGUACAGACAGUUCAUGUUGUUCAUCAAAUCCCAGCUGUGUCUGUCACUAAUGUGACUGGAUUAGCACCAGCAAAUACUUACACUGUAGCUGGACAAGCAGUGGUCACCCAAGCAGCAGUGGUGACCCAGCCGAAGGGGGAACCUCAAGAGAAUGGAGACCACAAUGAAUUGAAAGUUAAAGUGGAACCGAUACCAGCCAUUAGCCAUACAACUCUAGGAGCUGCUAGUCGGAUCAUUCAGACAUCACAGACGACACCCUUACAAACGGUUACUCUAGUACAACAAGCACCUCUAGGUCAACACCAGCUACCAAUAAAAACUGUCACCCAGAAUGGAACACAUAUAGUACCCAUCACCACAACAAUUCAAGGUCAGGCUAACAGUGCUGCCGCAAGUCCUCUCCAUAUGUUAGCAACCCACGCAUCUGCAUCAGCUUCACUUCCAACGAAACGUCAGAACGGAGACCAGUCUGAACAGCAAGAAUUGAAACGUAUCAAAACAGAGGACGGAGAAAGCAUAGUUAUAGCCGUGAAUGUUGAAACCCCACCAGUGGCAGUGAGUGAACACAGCGGCCAGAACUAGGAGGAAUAAUUAUUUUUAAAAUAAUGCUCCAUGGUGCCAAAAGGAGACAUUUUAACACCCAUAAUAUUGAACAUUUCCCCUUAUGGUGGGGAUAGGGGCCCUGUGACUUCAACUUUCAGCACUGAGAAACACAGGUGGCCUUAGGACUCCUUAAUUUAAAACACACCCCGUAAACACACCCACAGAAGAAGUGUGAAACCUCCUGUUCCAGAGGCUGUGACCCCCUUUCCCCUCCCUACUCCUUGCCCGUCUGAAGUGACUCUGUUUUGAGAGAUACAAAGUUGGGGAAGACGGCAACUUAAAAAACCUCUGUUGGAUUAUCUUAAUGACGGAGUUACCUGAGAACAUCACAGCAUGAGAAAAGCUUCGUGAGACUGGGUUUCAAAUGAUUGUAAAUUCCUCAAAGGGAACAGAGGGCAAGGAGGCAUUUCCUACAUCUUGGCAGCUAGCCUUUCAUAACAACCUACCCAAUGCAGUUGUUGGUAGAUAUGCAGUAUUUUGUUGUUCACAUGUGGAAUUAGAAAUUUUUGAUGUGUACUUUCUUUUUGUUUUUCAAAAUAAUGGGGUCUUUGACAUUUCAGAUCACUCCAUUUCUACUCCAGAAACUUUGGAAUCACACAAUACUUUUCAUGUGAAGUUUUGUUUGGUAAAACUGAAUGUAGGGUUUUUUAACCAAUGGAAUGAUUUAAUUUUGUCCUGUUAAAGUUCAAACAAAGCUAAUUUGUUACAUCUGCAGAUUUUCAUAUUUUAGCAGUUGCCUGAUAAAUUUAAUCAAAUUUUAUUACCUUGUGUAGUGAUCAAAUGCUUCUUUGGGCUUGCAUGUAACUGAUUAGAAAUACAGUGUAAAUGAGCCGUUAACUGACGUAAAGAACUGCUAUGAAUUUGACCAGAGCUGCACUUACCUGUUUCUCUUUCUUGCUACCUUUUGCUGUUUGUUACUUUGUGUUGACUUUGACUGUCCCUGGCAUAUUUUUCCAGUCUCAAGUAAAACAAGAGAUUUGCUGAAUAUUGUGUAUGUUUAAAAUAACAGACUGGUCUUCAUUUAGGAAAAAAGAAGGUUCUUUAUCACAAGUCCUUUUAAAAAGAAAAAAUAUCUUGUCAGAUAUUUAGUAUUUUUAAGCAUAAGCACCCACUAGUAGAGAUUAAUCUGAUGAGUUUAUCCUUAACUUUUGAUGUCCUACACAGGCCUUCUGAGGUCUUAAAAGUAGCUAUUGUGGUUUUCUAACAGUGGCUACUAUAUUAUAAUAAAUGUGUUUUUUAAUGUGUGUUCAGAAGUUGAACAUUUUAAAGACAACUUCUCAAAGUUGUAAUGGUAGAAUCCACCUUCUGUUUCAAAACUGAAGUAAAAGCUAAGACAGUUUGUUUGUCUUUAAUUCAUAUUUUGUCUUGUCCCUUCACAUAUUAAGGUGAGUUAAAUGUGAAGACUGGGCUUUAAUCUUUUAUUUGUCCUAUUUUGGCUAUACCAUUAUUUAUGUGGGCUGUUUCUUUUCAUUUCAAGAGGAAUCUGUAUUUUCAUGAUGGACUGAAAUGGAUUGGAAUGGCUUAUAUUUAGUCAGGUUUUUUUGGAAACUGUUUUAUCUGAAGACCAAAUAUAAGAAAUCUGUACCAAGUAUCAUGUUAUCCCCCACAAUAGAGCUGUCACAAUGUCAAUGCAGACAAUACAUAUUAAAAAGAUUAUGAAAAAUGGAUGUACACUAGCUGAAUUUAUAACAGCCACUAUAAGUUGGUGAAACAAAACAAUUUAUGUAUCUGCAGCAUUCUAUUUUCUGUGCUGUGGUUAUCUUAUUUAGAAGGAACUAUAUUGAAUUAUAUUGGCAAAAUGAUUAUAAAACUACUAUUUCAUGAUUAUUAGGCAAACGACUGCAAGUUUUUUGAAUAAAAAAUAAAAUCUGCUGAAAUUCUUUUAAUUCAUUCUAAAUAACUCGUAUCCCUAAAGUUCUCUGAUAGAGUCAGUGUAGUUUAUGAGCUAGGCAGAGAAGAUGUAAAAUAUUGAAAUAGGAGGAUUUAAUCCUUUUACAUGUUAUUCGUCAAUGUCCAUGAGAAGACAUUAAAAAGCAGGCAGUUGUAUCUCCCCAUUGCCAAUUCCCUCGGCUAAGGAAUUCUUCUUGUCCUGUUUGACUAUGCGAAGCUAAAUGUGCCUAGCAGGAAUCAAGCUGCAGAUAAAAAUGCAGGUUAUUUUCAAAGUAGUUCCAAAAUGGGUGCAUUUCCAUUUGAACCACUUUUUUUACCUUCCUUUUAUUUUUCAUUUUUGUCCAUCCACUUGGUUAGAGCAAAACACUCCAAUACUUUGGCCCGAUUGCUGGGAAUGUUUACACGAUUUUAACAUGCAGUAGUCAUUUCUUAUAGCCACAAAUAGCUUAUAUGCAAAAACCCCUAAUAGUUCAGCAUAUCCGAAUACUUUUUAAUGUUACAGUUGUUUUAAAGAAAUUGAAUAACAGGCUCGUUACGUAGGUCAGUGCUUCCUAAAUUGUCUGAGGUUGUGGCCAUCAACUCACCAUGUAUCAAGGUCUGUCAGUAUAUUGUGCUAUGUUUUGUUAUAUUUACAUAGUUACUUGGAAAUUAACUGUGAACCAGUAGCCUGUGGCUCAUAUACCAGCAUCAGUCCACUCUGAAUUGCACUGGCAUACGCAAAGGUGUGUGCAAUUUCUGAAUAUGGGAUUAGAAUCACUGUCAGAGCACCCCCCCCUGUCAGUGAUGGGAAGCCUUGAAUAUUAAAAUUAGCUAAUGUAAUUUCAUGGCUUUUAUGCUGACCACAGAGUAAAAGAAAUGUAUGCAAUCACAGUGCUAAUCCACUAAGAAAUACAGAGUUUGCUCUCAUGUGUGUACUUUUUAACACUUCUACAAAGAUGAAGAACCAAAAAGCACCAAAGCAUCAUAAAAUCACAGAACCAUGGAGUUGGAAAUUGCCUCUAAGGCUAUUGAGUCCAACCCCACACAUAACCCACAAUAGUUGUCCAGCCGCCACCACUUCUGUAGGUAAUUGGUUUCCUUGCUCAACUGUUCUUACUGCCCAGAAGUUCCUUCAAUAGAAAUCUACCCUCCUGUAACUUAAAACCAUUAAACUGGAUCCUACCUUUUAAUAUAGCAGGGAACACGUGCUCUGCCCUUUGUGGCUCAUCUGUUUUGCUCUCCAUACCUCAUACCUGUGUUGAUCCUCUCGGAACCUGCUCCAAUUUGUCUAUAUUCUUCUUAAAAUGAAAUACCCAAACUGGGUGCAGUGCUCCAGGUGAGGCCUGGCUUGAACAGUAUAUCAUGUGUUGCUUGCUGCUUGCUUCUAGGUGGCUGAGAGCAGAUAUAUUUUUAAUUCACUCUGAUAGAAGACAGAUGUGACCAUUUGAGGACUCCUUUAGAUACCUGGUCAAAGUGGGUCUAAGAACACAGCUCCUGACAUGAAAUACUUUGAUCUCGUAUGUUCAGUGUCCUAACAGCAACUGAAUUCAUGUGGGCAAAGUGCUGCUAGGCAACAGGGCUAUAAUGACUACAGCUAUUUACAUCGUCCAUUCAGCUAUUUUCAAGAGGCGGCUCUGUGUAAAUUCUGAACAGUGGUACUGUUAUAAGCUAUGUAUGAAGAAAUAUGAAACAUGACCUCUAAUCAUAAA